AUGCUGCCAUCCCAGGAGGCCUCGAAGCUGUACCAUGAGCAUUAUAUGCGGAACUCGCGGGCCAUUGGGGUGCUGUGGGCUAUCUUCACCAUUUGCUUCGCCAUCAUCAACGUGGUGGUCUUCAUCCAGCCCUACUGGGUGGGCGACAGCGUGAGCACCCCUAAACCCGGCUACUUCGGCCUCUUCCACUAUUGCGUGGGGAGCGGGCUGGCUGGCCGGGAGCUCACCUGCCGUGGCUCCUUCACCGACUUCAGCACCAUCCCGUCCGGGGCCUUCAAGGCGGCUGCCUUCUUCGUGCUGCUGUCCAUGGUGCUGAUCCUGGGCUGCAUCACCUGUUUCGCACUCUUCUUCUUCUGCAACACAGCCACAGUCUACAAGAUCUGUGCCUGGAUGCAACUGCUUGCAGCUCUAUGCCUGGUCCUGGGCUGCAUGAUCUUCCCCGAUGGCUGGGAUGCGGAGACCAUCCGGGAUAUGUGUGGGCAGAAGACAGGGAAGUACUCUCUGGGGGACUGCUCUGUGCGCUGGGCAUACAUCCUGGCCAUCAUUGGUAUCCUCAAUGCCCUCAUCCUCUCCUUCCUCGCCUUUGUGCUGGGUAACCGGCAAAGCGACUUGCUGCAGGACGAACUCAAGACAGAGAGCAAAGAUUUUGUUGGCUCUGCGGUAAGUUCUGUGUUACGGCCUGGUGGGGAGGUCCCAGGGUGGGGGGUUCUCCCCUGUCCAGUUUCUCACUCACAGGGACCCUGA